GACGAGGGCGUAGAAGCCAGGCGUCAGAGCCCGGGCUCUGGUGGGGUCCCCUACCCGGCCCUCGGGGCCCCCGCCCCCUGCCUCCUGCCCCCUGCCCCCUGCCCACCCCAGCCCACGCGACCCUUUCGCGUUCGGAGGGGCGGGUCCUCGACGGCUGCGGGAAGGUGCCAGCCCGCCCCGGAUGGGCAUCGUGGAGCCGGGUUGCGGAGACAUGCUGACGGGCACCGAGCCGAUGCCGGGGAGCGACGAGGGCCGGGAGCCUGGCGCCGACCCGCAGCACCGCUACUUCUACCCGGAGCCGGGCGCGCAGGACGCGGCCGAGCGUCGCGGGGGCGGCAGCCUGGGGUCUCCCUACCCCGGGGGCGCCUUAGUGCCCGCCCCGCCGAGCCGCUUCCUUGGAGCCUACGCCUACCCGCCGCGGCCCCAGGCGGCCGGCUUCCCCGGCGCGGGCGAGUCCUUCCCGCCGCCCGCGGGCGCCGAGGGCUACCAGCCGGGCGAGGGCUACGCCGCCCCGGACCCGCGCGCCGGGCUCUACCCGGGGCCGCGUGAGGACUACGCGCUACCCGCGGGGCUGGAGGUGUCGGGGAAACUGAGAGUCGCGCUCAACAACCACCUGUUGUGGUCCAAGUUUAAUCAGCACCAGACAGAGAUGAUCAUCACCAAGCAGGGACGGAAAGUCAGGGGAAGACAGGCGUGUGACAGCACCCUUCUAGGACACCUUCCCAAGGUUGUUAGGCGGAUGUUCCCAUUCCUGUCAUUUACUGUGGCCGGGCUGGAGCCCACCAGCCACUACAGGAUGUUUGUGGACGUGGUCUUGGUGGACCAGCACCACUGGCGGUACCAGAGCGGCAAGUGGGUGCAGUGUGGAAAGGCCGAGGGCAGCAUGCCAGGAAACCGCCUGUACGUCCACCCAGAUUCCCCCAACACGGGAGCACACUGGAUGCGCCAGGAAGUUUCAUUUGGGAAACUAAAGCUCACAAACAACAAGGGAGCGUCCAACAAUGUGACCCAGAUGAUUGUGCUCCAGUCCCUCCAUAAGUACCAGCCCCGGCUGCAUAUCGUUGAGGUGAACGACGGAGAGCCAGAGGCAGCCUGCAACGCUUCCAACACGCAUAUCUUUACUUUCCAAGAAACCCAGUUCAUUGCCGUGACUGCCUACCAGAAUGCCGAGAUUACUCAGCUGAAAAUUGAUAAUAACCCCUUUGCCAAAGGAUUCCGGGAGAACUUUGAGUCCAUGUACACAUCUGUUGACACCGGCAUCCCCUCCCCGCCUGGACCCAACUGUCAAUUCCUUGGGGGAGAUCACUACUCUCCUCUCCUACCCAACCAGUAUCCUGUUCCCAGCCGCUUCUACCCCGACCUUCCUGGCCAGGCGAAGGAUGUGGUUCCCCAGGCUUACUGGCUGGGGGCGCCCCGGGACCACAGCUAUGAGGCUGAGUUUCGAGCAGUCAGCAUGAAGCCUGCAUUCCUGCCCUCUGCCCCUGGGCCCACCAUGUCCUACUACCGAGGCCAGGAGGUCCUGGCACCCGGAGCUGGCUGGCCUGUGGCACCCCAGUACCCUCCCAAGAUGGGCCCGGCCAGCUGGUUCCGCUCCAUGCGGACUCUGCCCAUGGAACCCGGCCCUGGAGGCUCAGAGGGACGGGGACCAGAGGACCAGGGUCCCCCCUUGGUGUGGACUGAGAUCGCCCCCAUCCGGCCGGAAUCUAGUGAUUCAGGACUGGGCGAAGGAGACUCUAAGAGGAGGCGCGUGUCCCCCUAUCCUUCCAGUGGUGACAGCUCCUCCCCUGCUGGGGCCCCUUCUCCUUUUGAUAAGGAAGCUGAAGGCCAGUUUUAUAACUAUUUUCCCAACUGAGCAGAUGACAUGAUGAAAGGAACAGAAACAGUGUUAUUAGGUUGGAGGACGCCGACUAAUUUGGGAAACAGAUGAAGGACUGAGAAGGCCCCCGCUCCCUCUGGCCCUUCUCUGUUUAGUAGUUGGUUGGGGAAGUGGGGCUCAAGAAGGAUUUUGGGGUUCACCAGAUGCUUCCUGGCCCACGAUAAAACCUGAGAGGGGUGUCCCCUUGCCCCAUCCUCUGCCCUAACUACAGUUGUUUACCUGGUGCUGCGUCUUGCUUUUGGUUUCCAGCUGGAGAAAAGAAGACGAGAAAGUCUUGGACAUGAAGGAGCUUUUUGUAUCUAGUGGGGUGGGAGGGGUCAGGUGUGGGACAUGGGAGCAGGAGACUCCACUUUCUUCCUUUGUACAGUAACUUUCAACCUUUUUGUUGGCAUGUGUGUUAAUCCCUGAUCCAAAAAGAACAAACACACGUAUUUUAUAACCAUCAGCCAGCCAGGGUCAGGGAAAGGACUCACCUGACUUUGGGCAGCUGGCCUGGGCUCCCCCUGCUCAAACACAGUGGGGAUCAGAGAAAAGGGGCUGGAAAGAGGGGAAUGGCGCACAUCUCAAGAAGCAAGAUAUUGUUUGUGGUGGUUGUGUGUGGGUGUGUGUCUUUUCUUUUUCUUUCUUUUUAUUUUUUUGAAUAGGGGAGGCUAUUUAUUGUACAGAGAGUGGUGUCUGGAUAUAUUCCUUUUGUCUUCAUCACUUUCUGAAAAUAAACGUAAAACUGUU